GAAGAAACUCUGAAGUAGAAUAACCCGUCUGACACAUCACGCAUACACACAUCAUCUACAUGAACUCCCUUUGAGGUCUGUUACGGGUGGGCGACGGCAAGGCGAUCUCCUCGGCCCUGGCGGCCUUGCUGAGGGCUACCCCCCACACCCACUAAAUCAAUGCUGAGCAAAACACACACGGGCGGGCACGUAAGUGUAUGCACAUCUGUGUCUGUCUGUGUAGGUACAUACCCAAUGGACAGACACCCACCCACGGGCCAACCAAACAUCAAUCAUUCCCCAAGCCUUCUCUACCAACUGCACUUAUUGACCGCCCUGGAAUCGGCGGGAAUCGAUCUGAACUCCAUCGUCAGCUUCUCCCACCACUUUCCCUGCCGAAACACGUCGACGGUGCGGAUGUCUUCUGUCUCCACAGUCUCGUUCUUGUAGGUGAAGCGCGCCCAUGCAGUCACAGUGCGAUUGUCGGGUGCCGAGAGGUAGUCCACAAGUUUCUGCACCUCCACCAGAGGCACAGCUCUGCCGGCGAGGUGGCUCCGCGUGACCACGUCCUUCCCACACGAGUCGAACGUGACCAGGUCCUCUUGAUAACUGAAGAUCUUCAGGGGAUUCGACCCUAAUAGCAUGUGGUUGGAGUUCAAACCCUCUGUCCUCAAGUUACUAAACAUCUGGACAGACACAGACAAUGAAUGGCACACAGGAAGAUCUACGCUGGUGCUUCUGUCUCUCUGUCUGGCGGCGUUAGUUGUGUCCAUGUGUGUGCGCAGCUGUGUGGGCUUACGGUCGCCACACCACAUGUCCGCAGCCCGAGGUACGGCGAGGAGAAGAAGAGCAUAAACAAAAUGGCAAGCAGCCACCCGCCAACUCUGACGUGUUUGGAGGCCUCAAUGAAGCCCGUGAAGGUGGCUUUCGAGACGCGCAUCAUGUCCUUCAGCAAAGGGAAGAAGAAAUAUGCCGUCGAAACGAUAAAUGCAUGAGCCUGCACGGCAAAGGAGAAGAGAGACGAAAGAGAAAAGUUGGGGUGGUCACGCGACUAGUGGUGGUCUGUCCGUGCCUGUAUGGGGUGGAAGACGUCGUCAUAGCCGCCCAGCCAGAAGACAAGGCCGAUGUCGAGUGCCGCAAUCACGUUGAUCCACAUGUAUGUCUCAAAUCGGGCGACGAGAGAGUGUGACAGCAGCACGUCACGGGGCAGCGACAGGGACACGAAGAUGAAGACAAACACGUUGACUAAGGCGCUGAAGUCCACAAACACCGCCAUCGACAGCUGACAGGGGGGACACGAACCGCCACAGAGAGUACACACAGCACAGCGGACGGAUGAGAGAGAACGCCCUAUCUGUCUUCUGUACCUUCAUGUGCAUGAAGAGAACGAAUGCCAGUAUGUAUGGCCUGAUGUUCUUGGACCACACCAUAAACGCACCGCCGGCCUCCCAUACAAUCACAAGCACCCCCAGAACCAGAUUCAGCGAGGGGCCAGGGUUGAUUUGCAUCCCCCAGGCCCUCGAUAUCCGCUGCGUGAACGAGAAGGCGCAGCCGUGAGGCGUCGAGAAAAAGUCCCAGUUCAACUUGUGAAAGCCAGCGAAGAGGUAGAUGAGCGAGAAGAGAUGCGGCAUAACGGGUAUCACGCUCUCUUUGAGAGCUUCCUCGAUCUCGGCCGCAACGUCCCUCCAGCCCCGUCUUCGUUUGUCUGGCCGCAAUAGUCUCAACAGCACGCACAAUAGGAUGUAGCCGUCUAUGAUCAUCUCGAUGUUGCCGUGGUUGGACAUGUCGGGCCAUGAAGGCGCCUGCUCGGUCAUGUAGGCUAGGAGGGACACACAGAAGAUUAUCGGGUUCUUGGAAAUCCCAUACACCAAAAGGAGGCCAACGAAAAGGAGUCCCGCAGAGUAGCUUUCCCAUUCCUCUGUUUCGUCAGCCAACUGAGCCACCAGAUAGAGCCCACAGACGACGAAAAUCACUGGGUCUGCUUUCUCGUACUCAAUCGGUUUCAGACAACGGCGCAGAAAGCCGUAUGGGCCGGGGGCAAGGCCGGGGGAUACUCCCUUGCCGUCAUUGCCUUCGUUGGCUGAGUCCUCGGACUGCGGGCCGUGCUGGUCUUGCUUCAGCAUCAUCACGCGGCACGUACACAGCGCCCUGGUCUGCUCUCUUUCGCAGGGGACUCUUCAGGACAAACAAAGCGGCUUCUUUGCUUCGGAUUCUGCCACUCAGCGUCUCCUCUCU